AUGACCAGGUUGGCUGUUGAUGCUGAACAAGGUUUCAACAAUGCAAUUGGUAACCAAAGUACAAAAUUUGGCAUAGGAAAACAACUUGACAAUGGGAAGACAUGCAACAAAGUACUUAAACUGACUGGGACUGUGCUAGGUCUACAGAUGGAAAUAAAACUUGGGAAAGCAGAUGCAACCCGACUGAGAAAGCUGGCCAAUGAAAUCAACAAAUUGCAAAAAAAUAUAGAUGCAGAUGCCAGAGCUCCUAACCAAAAACAGCGCUCAUUUCUGACUUCAUAAUUAAACUAAAUCAAAAUGUCAUCUCUGGGGUUGAAACCCUUACUAUAUAAUAUUGACAUGAUGGAAUUGUCUCCUGGGCUAAAUAUUCUCAUUACAUUUGAGUUCCACAUUUCCUUUGCCUCUUUUU